CGGUUUGCCUCGCCAUGGCCAAUGCGGCGCACGCGGCGCACGAGCAGCCCAUGACGCCGAGCAACCUGCUGGCGCCCAGCACGGUGAGCGCGGCGCUGAUCAGCGGGAUGGCGGGGGGAUGUGCACAGGUGAUGUACAUUGUGCCACUGAUGUGGCUGCGUACCAUUAUGGAAUAUCAGUACAAGAAUGGCGAGGGCAUGGCUAAGGUGGCUCAAACUCUUUGGAAGGAGGGUGGCGUUCGAAGAUUCUAUCGCGGCUUCUUGCCUGCGAUGCUUCUCGCGCCCACAGCACGCUUUGGCGACACGGCUGCUAAUGAGUUAGCUCUCUCCAGCUUGGCUCAUUUGGACAUGCCCUUGGCGGCAAAGACGCUUUGUGCCUCAGUGACCGCUGCUGGCUUUCGUGUGGCGAUUCUGCCCUUGGAUGCCUGGAAGGUCAUGAAGCAAGUGCAUGGCAAAGCCGGACUUGAACAUUUGAUUUACAAGGCUAGACAGAAUCCCUUUGCCCUCUGGCAUGGGGGCAUUGGAGUGCUCUUUACUCAAGGUUUUGGGCAUUACCAGUGGUUCUACACCAACAAUCUUCUGCGGGAGAUCGUUCCUGAAUUCGAGAUCAGUUACGGCAAGCACCUGCGGCACGCCUUCAUUGGAUUCACCUCCUCGGUGGUGGCGGAUACCUUGUGCAACCCCAUCCGCGUGUUGAAGGUGAACCGCCAGGCGUCCUUGACGCGCACCGGUUAUUGGGAAGCUGCCAGAAGUAUCAUCGCCAACGAAGGCUUUCUGGGACUCUGGUCCCGCGGGCUCAAGACUCGUAUCUUGGCCAAUGGAAUCCAGGGGUCCCUCUUCACAGUGGGAUGGAGAUACUUCACGGAUCUCUUCACAGCCUCCCGGAUGGCUGAACGUGGCUGACCCUGGCCGUUGAGGAGACGGAGCAGCCCAGCAUUUUCCUUCCUGGGCACACUCCAAAGUGGCAUUUCGUGAGGGAUAUUUUCCUGUACAAAGAUGGUUUUUGUUGCACAUUCUGCGGCACAUGAAUGACC